UUUUGAAGUAUUAAAAUGGCGAGUGACACCAGAAAGAAGUUAGUUAUAGUGGGUGAUGGCGAAUGUGGUAAAACAUGUCUAUUAAUCGUCUUCUGUAGAGAUGUGUUCCCAGAAUUUUAUAUACCAACUAUCUUUGAGAACUACGUUGCUGAUAUUGAAGUGGAGAACAGAUCGGUGCAGUUGGCAUUAUGGGAUACAUCUGGACAGGAAGCUUAUGAUCGGUUACGUCCCUUGUCUUAUCCAGAUACUGACGUCAUACUCAUGUGUUUUUCUAUUCACAAUCCAGACAGUUUGGAAAAUAUUUCAGAAAAAUGGAACCCGGAAGUUCAACAUUUCUGUCCAAACGUUCCAGUUAUUUUAGUAGGAAACAAAAAAGAUUUAAGAAAUGAUCCAGCAACCAGUAAAGAAUUAUCCGAACCAAAGUUCAAACCCGUUUCCACAAACGAGGGCCUUGCGAUGGCAGAAAAAAUUCACGCUUUUUCAUAUCUGGAAUGCUCAGCGCGAACCAAGGAAGGAGUAAGAGAAGUCUUUGAAACAGCAACCCGUGCAGCUUUACAAAAGAAAAAAUCCAAAGGACGACGAAAAUUUUGCAAAGUUUUGUAAAAAGUGAUACACAAUUUCAAUUUCUAAAAGAAAGACGUUUAGAGUUUAUCCAUGUUUUCAUGAUAAUAAUAUAAAGCUCAAUACUGGGAUAGGAGACAAGUCGACACCAAUUUGUCUGGGAUUUUUUUAAUCUAAGAAUUCCAGGUGCUAUUUUUGUUACAUAGGAGUAGAAAUGAAAGUUUGAAAUGAAAGUUUGCAAUCUACCAUAUUUUUAAUCAUGAGUGUUUCUGUGAGGAGUUUAAUUUGUGUAUUUACAAAACCAUUUUGAAUUAUUUAUUUUCUCCUCAAUAAUUCCGGUGUUAAAAGUAUUAUUUACUAGAGGUGAAUAUCGCCUCUCUAGGCCUAUAUCAUUUCACGACGCCAUUUCUGCUUGAUUAUGUAGAUAAACUGUAUUAAAUAUCGCAUAGACCGUGUUGUAUUCAGACAACGGGGGAAUUUGGACCCAUUUUCCCAUAUUUUUUGCUACCCUUAAUGACAAUAUUGUAGUAAUAUGGAGGGCAGGGAUUUGUGCUAAGGAACAUCUAUGUAAAAUAAUAUUAUGGUUUUGAUUAAUUAUUUUAGCUAUGGUAUAAGUUAAUUCUGAAACGCAAAUUAAAAUUGUUUAUGAAAUAUUGUGACAAUAACAGGACAUGGGGUCUAACGACAAAGAAUGGAGAAAUAUGAUGGCUAGAACAAUAUUGUUAUCUUUCAUAUUAUAUAUUCUCAGUUCAUAACCAAAAAUAUAGAAAGUAUAUGCUGGUUAUUUUGAUACGUUAACUGAGUUAUAGAUUAAUGAACAUGUUGGUCAUUUACAUUUUUCUUUGUUAUAAAACAUAUAUCAUAUUUGUUGACCAAAUUAGGAAAUAAUCCCUGUCUAUAUCCAGAUUGAGGUGCAUGUCCAUUCCAUAUUUGGAACUUAGCUGUUAUCAGUUUUUUUUACGUAAACACCUCAGACAAAGGAAUAGGCACCUAUAAAAGAGGUGGGGAAAUAGCAUUCGAGGGAGCUCACCCCGCCGGUCACACCAGCAAUUUAGUUAUUUGAGACUAGAAAGAAUUGUGUGAAAUGCUUCCAGUUUAUUCAAAUAAAAUAUUUAAGAAAAGAACCUGAACUUUAGUUAUAACUUCGUCACGGAAGAAAACACAGCGUGAAGAUUGAAGAUCUGAUAGUACAGCAAUAUAUGUUAUUGUACAAGCACAAGUUAAAUUAAACAUUUCC